CCGGGCGGGUUCCUCUGGCGCCUAAGAGAGAGGAGGGGAGGAGGAGGAGGAGGAUUAGCGGGGAGCGUGAGCGUCCGCUGCCCAGAGAAGUGUCUCUGGCUUCUUGAAAGCUGUGCUCAUAAAAGCAAAGCUUCUAAAGAUUUGGAGAAGAUAGAAAACAACCCAAAAGGCUAAAACACUAUUGUACUUGUAUCGCAGAAUUUCCUGGAAAACUGAUGUUCUGUUGGCCUGAAGAAUUUACUUUUCUUCUAAAAGUGAGCAGUUUACUCCUUCUUCUCUGAGAGCUGGUUGUUAAGCCUUUACCAGCACAUCCGUGGUAGUGUCUUCCACAGUGGAUGGGAAUGGAGUGGAGGGAAUUCAUCUGAAGGACAUUUCAGAGGAAAAUCAGGUCCCUACAUUUUUUGUGGAAAAUAUAGAGAUAUCCAUCGCUUUUGGUGAUAGUUGCCUUUGCUAGCUAUGUUUCAUUCCUUCUCUGAAACUCAUCACCCCUUGCAGGCUGAAGAACAAGAAGUCGGCAUUGACCCUUUGCUGGGUUACUUGAAAUCUGAAGGUGAAUCCAAUGAAAAUGGAAGAAUAAAUCCUACAGAUUCCGAUGGAACUUUUAUUUCCUACAGUAAAGAAUGGGAAGAACUAUUUGUAAACAACAAUUACUUGGCAACUAUACGGCUGAAGGGGAUUAAUGGGCAGCUGAGAAGCAGCAGGUUCCGCAGUGUUUGCUGGAAGCUUUUUCUGAAUGUUAUUCCUCAAGAUAAAGGCCAGUGGACAAGCCAAACUAAGGAACUGAGAGCCUGGUACAAUAGCAUCAAAGAAAGACAUAUUACGAACCCUCGGAAAGCUGCAGGACAGCAAGAUUUGAUGAUCAAUAAUCCUCUCUCACAGGAUGAAGGGAGUCUUUGGAACAAAUUUUUCCAGGAUAAAGAGCUUCGAGCGAUGAUUGAACAGGAUGUCAAAAGAACGUUUCCUGAAAUGCAGUAUUUCCAACAAGAAAAUGUGAGAAAAAUUCUUACAGAUGUUCUUUUCUGUUAUGCGAGAGAAAACGAGCAGUUGCUUUAUAAACAGGGUAUGCAUGAGCUGUUAGCACCGAUAGUCUUUAUCCUACAUUGUGACCACCAAGCCUUCCUACAUGCCAGUGAAGCAGCGCGGCCGAGUGAGGAAAUGAAAGCUCUUUUGAACCCUGAGUAUCUGGAACAUGAUGCCUAUGCAAUGUUUUCACACCUUAUGGAAACUGCUGAACCCUGGUUUUCGACUUUUGAGCAUGAUGGUCAAAAGGGGAAAGAUACAGUGAUCACAACCAUCCCAUUUGCCAGACCACAGGAUUUAGGCCCAUCCAUUGCUAUUGUUACAAAAGUAAACCAGAUUCAAGACCAUCUGCUGAAGAAGCAAGAUAUAGAACUCUACAUGCAUCUGAACAGACUAGAAAUCGCUCCACAGAUAUAUGGACUGCGAUGGGUCCGACUGCUUUUUGGACGAGAAUUCCCUCUUCAGGAUCUCCUGGUUGUCUGGGAUGCUUUAUUUGCAGACAGCAUCAAUCUGGGCUUAGUGGACUAUGUUUUUGUAGCUAUGUUACUGUAUAUUCGAGAUGCAUUGAUCUCCAGUAACUAUCAAACCUGCCUGGGACUUCUGAUGCAUUAUCCACCAAUUGGGGAUGUACAUUCACUUAUCCUCAGGGCCCUUUUCCUUCGAGAUCCAAAGAGAAAUCCAAGACCAGUGACACAUCAAUUCCAACAAAAUUUAGAUUAUUACAAGGCAUGCGGAGCAGACCUCAUGAAUAAAACUCGGGCUAAUGCCAAAGCUGCCCCUCUAAACAUAAACAAGGUCUCCAAUAGCCUCCUUAAUUUUGGCAGAAAGUUAAUUGGUCCAGCAAUGACCACAGGCAGUACUGUUGGGCCUGUACCCAGCAGCAACAGUGGGAGCUCUCCUGCUGUGAUGACCAUCAGGACCCCAGCAGAGGCCCCCCGGCACCAUCACCCACCACAGCAGAUGCAGCAGCAGAGAAUGAUGAAAUCAGAGAGCAUGCCAGUUCAACUCAGCAAAGGAGAUGUAGUUACAGGAAGCGAUGCUCAGGUUUCUGUUCCUGUCCAGACUCUAACUGACCUCCAAGGACAGAGUACUAAGAACCUCAGUUCAUCUCCAAGCAUUGACAGCUUGCCUGGGGGAAGGGAGUUCACGGGCUCUCCCCCAUUGUCUGCUACCAAGAAGGACUCUUUCUUUAGCACCAUCUCCCGUUCCCGUUCUCACAGCAAAACCAUGGGCAGAAAAGAAUCUGAAGAAGAAUUAGAAGCUCAAAUCUCAUUUCUCCAAGGACAGCUGAACGACCUGGAGGCCAUGUGCAAAUACUGUGCAAAGAUGAUGAACACUCACCUGGGAAAUAUUCAAGAUGUCAUAUUACAAGAAAAUUUGGAGAAAGAAGAUGAAAUACUGGUGUCCCUAGCAGGAUUAAAGCAGAUCAAAGAUAUCCUCAAAGGUUCACUGCGCUUCAACCAGAGCCAGCUGGAAGCUGAGGAAAAUGAGCAGAUCACCAUAGCAGAUGACCAUUACUGUUCCAGCACUCAGAACCAAGCCGCGGCUGAACGGGAACGGGGUUGGAAGCAGCACUCCCAGGGGCCCCAUCAGACCCCCUCUGGUUUGCCUGGGAGUUCUGAAAGCAAGAGUUCAGAUGAUUACAUCCUGGUUUCCAAAGAGGAGGAGGAAGGCAGUGGCAGCAGAGCUUCUGUCCGGUCUCAGUCUCUCCGAGCACCCAAGGGCACAUCAGGGAAGAGUGAGGCGCUUUCUCGGUCCUCCCUGGUGUUCUCUGAUCCCCUGAUGGGCACGGCUUCAGCGUCCUCCAGUAACCUGAGCUCCAGCCCUGAUGAUGACGACAGCAGCAACAACAGCAAGGAUUCGGAUUUUACCAUCGUGAGCCCUCUGGACAUCUAAGCGGUCAGCGUCCGGAGCCGCUCUCACUGAGAUGUUCACAGCCUUGACCUUUACAUCCGGAGAUUGCAGGGGGCAAAAGUCUCUCAGAGCUGACCUAACAUCAACAGUCUCUAAAGCCUAAGUAGUCAUUCAGAGCAUGAAUUGGGUGAUGACAGAACACUGGAACACUGCCAAGAGAAUAAAAUUGAGUGAACGCGGCCCGAAAAUAGGCCUGAUGAUGUACACCAGUGUCUAGAUGGGCUUGUCUUAGCCCUUCCUGCUGGAGUCAGGCCUGGCACAUGCUCUGAGUUAGUGCUGAGCCAAGCCAGCCUCACACACCCCAGGAAAAAAGAUAACUACAGUUAAAGUCACUUCCUGGCGCCUCACCCUGCCACGUCAAGAAGGGGGCAGGUGAUCGUUACAUUAUAUUUGGAAGGAAGAAAAGGAUUCAGACCUUCCCCCCGCAGAGAUCAUCCAGGCAUGGGGAGGUUGAAUGACAUCAGGGGAGCCUCCUCUCCCGAAAUCUGUGUCCCAGUUAAGUUGGAGUACUUCUUUGUAAGAGGCCCACAUCAGUGAUCAAAAUAAAAUGAGCAGGACGAACGGUCAUUUAAUAGGAAGAACUAGAAUAGUUUAGGCCAAAUCUGCCUUCAGACUUAAUCGAAAAUGCCUGUGGUUGCUGGGUUUAGAAGUAAAUUAUCAAAGUCAUGUUUUGUUACGGAGCCAGAUUUCUUAGUUGGUUUGGAUAAGACAUCUCCAAGCCAUGGGGCUAAUCAAUGCAAGACCCCUUUGGCUAUUAUCAUUCCCUACACCCCAGUUUUGAUAGCAAUUGUAUGAUACCUUGAAAGUAUAUCACAGAAAAGUAGGGUCAUUUGAAGCUGUUUCAAAAGUAACAAGAAAACUCCUUUAAGUCGGAGGUUGUAUGUUUGCUGUGAUGCUUCAUUAAUGUUGGAAAGCAAACUUCUUUCAAAACAACCCAGAAGCACGAAACAUGAUCUUAAAAUUGUGCUCUUCUGGAUUCAUUAGUUUCCAUGCCUUGUCAUAGAAAAAAGGGUGAAGAGAAGAGCUAGGCCAACAUACCAUCCAGACUCUGACUCGUCCCCACCCUUGUUUCCUCCAUCACUCUGUCCCCUGCCCCAGAAGAGCAGUGCAGGGACAGGGACACAGAGCUGCUGCAGGGCAAGGCAGGGAUUUGUGAUGUACAUUCCGCUAGACGGCCUCACAGACAGCCAAGAUUUCCUUGCUGGGCAUCUGUCUUUCUGAGUUGGGAUAAUUUGCUUUUUCGGUAGUUAAAUCCUAGACAUGAUGAUUUCUGAGCUUUUCAUCAAAGUCCUGGACACAAAAUCUGAGACUGUCCACUUAUCAAUUACCAUAGGUUGGAGAAUAGAUGAUGUUAGAAAAUGGAGUCACAUACUAGCAGUCUAACUCUUUAAAGGGAAGAAGAGAUCUGAAAAAGAAAAAAUGUCUCCUUUGCCUUAUCUAGUUUCCUUUUAUAAGUGGCUACCCUGACUUUAGUGAAGUCAGCACUUUGGUUAGAUCAGCUCCUUCACCAAGAGUAGCAUUUGUCAGAGGAUUAUCCCACUAAGCGAAUGGUCUGCGAAUGCUUUGACCACCAGAUGGGAGUGGACCUGAGAAGGUUUUAUGGAAGCAAUAUUCAUCUGUUCAUCUGUUGGGUUAAUGGGCUCAUGAAGAUAGGAAGAACUGAGGUACAAACGCAGAGAUAGAAGCACUUUAUAGCCCAUUGCUAUUUACCUUGCAGAUAAAUUGGACAAUGAUCUGAUGUCCUCCUUGAUAUAGGAGAUAAUAGCAACUCAAUGAUGUCAGACCAUAAUGGAGAUCUCAUUUGUUCCAUAAUUUGUUUUUAACCUCGAGUAGGAAAAAUCAACUAUAACGUUUAGUGCUAAGGUGUUUUGCUGAGAUAACAGCAUCAUUCCACAUUCCAGCAUUGCUUGCCAGAUGUGUUGAUUAAGUGUUGUGGUUAGCACCUCUUAAUUAUAAAUGGUUCUCACAGCACUACUGCAAGGGGAAUACGCAGAAAGGAUUUUGCCAAACUGCCGCCUUUAAAAACCUCGUAAGUGUUGGCCUGACUCCUAUCCUGUAGCAGUAUAACCUCAGAGCAUCUGCCUCCCUCUGUUUGUACGCUGACUCUGCUUGUGGCCUUGAAAUUGUCUUAGCCCUUGGAGUGGUCCAGAGUCAGGUGGCAUUGAAUUGUCCAGGCUGGACCCUGGGGUGCAAUCGGAAGAUGACCAGGUAGCUGUACCUCAUUACAAAGGUGUCCUUGCAUGCUCAUCCAUUCAAGACACUGUCCUGAGACCGUUUGUGCCUUGUGAGCUGUAGUCAUCAUACCUAGGUGUUACUUGCUCAGCUGGGCACAGCCAAACGAGAGAUCGCUUGGCCUUCGGCUGGCAGAUAAUUCUGUCAGUAUCUUUCCUGAGCAGAAGCAGCUCAGCUGCAUGACCUUUAAGUGGGCCACAUUGGGACAGGUCAGCACCAGGCUGUUUGGUUUUGAAUUGUUGCUGCAAAUCACUCCAGGGUUUAGCCUGGCUACUAGGGGGCAGCUUCCCUUUCAUCUCCAGGGUUUUGGGGUCGUGGGGCUUUUUUUUUUGUUUGUGUAAAAUAUCCAUUUCUUUGGACUUUUAAAGUCUUAUCCCUUCCAACUAACAGAAUUGCUUAUUCUCCAGCCCAAAAUAUUCCCAGUCUUGCCUCCAAGGAAGGAGAUAUUGUGGGGUAAGCAAGGCACGAGCAGGGUCAUCCCAGACGCCCACGGGUUAGGAGGCUCUUUGCAGUUAAUAUCACUUCCCCAUUUGGGGAGCCAUUAGCUUUCCUUUCUGUUUCAACACUGUCCAUGUCUUCAUUAGUCUCCAUGCCAUGAAAGAAGAUAAUGGUGUCAGUCUUCUUUGUUUUCUUAUCAGAUGCUUAUGUUUAAUCAUUCUUUUUUUUUUAAUCCUGAAAAUAUGAAACUUUUUUGUUGGGUUUUGGUUUACGUUUUGUGGGGUUUUUAUCAACAACUGUGUAGAAAUCAGUGGAACUCUUUUGGUUUAAUGCUACCUACCAUGUCUUGAUUUUUAAAGUUUAAAGCACAUUUUAUAUCAGUAAGAUUUAAGUCAAUCCUGUUAGUCAACUUUAUAUUUUCUUUUUUAUUGUGUCCUCAUGCAUCUCAAAUAUAUUCCAUCACAUGAUCAGACUGGAAAUUUAGUGCAGACUCACUUCCCUGCAGUAAUUCUGAGAGCUACAGAUUGGACAGAGAAACCAGAGUCGUUGUCUUGACUUGGUUCAAAGAUGCCAAGGAGGAAUUUGCCACUUUAAAAUGUACUGAAUUCUUCUUCCAAAGAUGACCUCCUCCUAAUAAAGUCCAAUGGCUGCCAUACUCUCAUAGGAAACAGUAUGCAUUGUGCAGUAUUUCAGUGUGAAUGAGUGAAUGUGAGAUUUAAAACAGACCUGGACCUCCCAGUGUUUACUGUCUGUACCAUAUGACUGGGUCCCAUCUUGCGUGAAACAUCAGUGCCAGAGAGGCAUUCUGCAGGAAGCUGCUACAGCCGUGUCUUGAUUGGGGUGAGUGUGUAGGAGUUUCCUAGCUGGAGGAGUGUCUAGCCUGCUUUAUUAAAGAAACAGCUAACAAACACAAAA